AUGCUCAUGCACAGAAAGUAUAAGAGAAAGCAAAAACGUCAAGUAGUUAAGCGUAAUGAGCUUAGUCUUCAUCAAAAUAAAGACUUAAUUGAUAAAUUAAGUGGGAGUAAAUUUGCCAAGACAGAAAAAUUGGUAAAAUCUUCAGCAAUGUCUUGA